AUGAAUGUGCGCUUGAAACGUAGAAAAAGUGAUUGGUCAAAUUUCAAGAUGUCGCGAGUGUUUUGGAGCUGUUUAUACAUAUUAUGCUGCGCGUGCGCAGUCAAUACACUAAAAGUGGGUGUCGGUAUAGCAGAUGUCACUGGACCACCCGCAGAAAUUGGUUUUAUGGGCUACGCAAACUUCGAGCAAACCGGCCAUGGCAUACAUUUGAGGCAGUUCUCCCGGGCGUUUGUACUCGCCGAUGACAACGAUUCUACACGCAUUGUCUUUGUGUCUAUAGACGCUGCUAUGAUGGGAAAUGGUAUAAGGCGAGAAGUUAUAAAACGUCUACAAAAAAGGUACGGGGAUAUAUAUAAUGAGAACAACGUGAUACUAAGUGGAACUCACACGCACUCCACGCCGGGAGGGUUUCUGUUGGACUUCCUUUUCGAUUUGCCUAUACUGGGCUUCGUCAAGGAAACGUAUGUGGCGUACAUCGUGGGUAUACUGAAGAGUAUAAUCAUAGCACAUAACAACAUUACCCCGGUGCGUAUGGAGUAUGGCGAAGCGGAGCUACUGGACGCUAACAUCAAUCGGUCCCCGACAUCGUAUCUACGAAACCCACCUGAAGAAAGAGCUAAGUACAAAUACGACGUAGACAAGACGUUAGCGCAGAUUCGAUUUGUAACCCCCACCAACAACAUCGUAGGGGUGAUCAACUGGUUCGCCGUGCACCCCACCAGCAUGAACAACACCAACCGACUCAUAUCCUCCGACAACGUGGGCUACGCCUCCAUACUUAUGGAGAAGGCUCUCAAUGGGAACAACACCCUGCCUGGCAAGGGUAGUAUAGUUUGUGCGUUCGCGUCCACCAACUUGGGCGAUGUGUCCCCCAACACAAGGGGCCCUCGCUGCGAGUUCUCGGGCAAAGUGUGCGAUCAAGAGAAGUUAAAGUGCGAUUUGCCCAAGGAAAGAUGCUUUGCCUCCGGCCCUGGACGAGACAUGUUUGAAAGCACCAAGAUCAUUGCUACUAAGCUGUUUGAAACAGCCAUGAAAGUUCUAAAAGAACCGGGCGAAGAUCUGACCGGUCCUCUCGGCAUUAUCCAUCAGUUCGUCGAGAUGCCGAAGGAGGAAGUGUUCCCGUAUGAUCCUGUCACUGAAACUUUUAAUACCAGCGUGCGGGUGGGCGGGUGCGCGCCGGCGAUGGGCUACAGCUUCGCGGCGGGCACCACGGACGGGCCCGGCGCCUUCGACUUCGCGCAGGGCACCACCACCACCAACCCGCUGUGGGACGCCGUGCGCGACCUGCUGGCCGAGCCCACGCCGGAGGACGUGCGGUGCCAGCGGCCCAAGCCCAUCCUGCUGGCCACUGGACGGGCAAAAUUCCCAUACGAGUGGCAGCCCCACAUCGUGUCGUGCUCGGUGGCGCGGCUGGGCGCGCUGGCGCUGGCCGCCGUGCCCGGCGAGUUCACCACCAUGGCGGGCCGCCGCCUGCGCCGCGCGCUGCUCGCGCCUGCGCAGGCCAAGAGAGUCGUUAUAGCCGGCCUGUCUAAUAUAUACUCCGAUUAUAUCACUACGUAUGAGGAAUAUCAGGCGCAGCGCUACGAAGCAGCCUCCACUAUAUACGGGCCUCACACUCUCGAAAUUUAUCUCAACAAGUAUAUUGAGCUUGCUGAAGCACUUGUACAGAACAAAAAGCUGGACCCAGGUCCCACUCCACCGGAUUUCAGCGAUCAACUGAUCACCCUGGUGCCGCCCGUUCUGUGGGACUCCGCGCCGUGGGGUCACGAGUUCGGUGACUGCGUGCAGCAGCCCCAGAAGUACUACAACUAUGACGACACUGUUACUGCUGUGUUUGUGUCGGGGCAUCCCCGCAACAGCCCGCGGCACGGGCGCUGGUUCAUGGCGGUGGAGCGGCUGCAGGACGAGCGGGACGACGCCUGGGUGACCGUCGCCACGGACGCUGAUUGGGAGACCAAGUUUGUAUGGCAGCGCAAGUCGAAGGUGCUGGGCACGAGCGAGGCGCGCGUGUCGUGGCAGGUGCCGCGCGCCGCGCCGCCCGGCGCCUACCGCCUGCACCACUACGGCAGCUACAAGUACAUCCUCGGCGGCAUCUACCCCUACCACGGGUUCUCGGACACCUUCUACGUCACG